AAGCUGAAGGCAGGCGAGGCGUCACCGAAUCAACGAUGCAACCGAAAGGACCCGCGGCUCUGCCAUUCAGACCCAUGGCGCCAACGACGUCACCGAGAGAGGCUGCGACUGCAGCGCCCCCGGUCAGACCCAAUGCUCCGGUGCCGUGGCCUGCGGCGCCGAUGACUGGUGGAGCUAUGGCGGCGUCGGCGCAGCCAGUCGCAAUGGUCAUGCCUCCUGUAGUGACCGCGCCACCUGGCGGCGUUGGAAGGCCAACUGCAGCCGCUAGGACAGCGAGACAGCGUGGUCCGAUCGUGCAGAUGCCGGUGAAAGGGUCGGCGAUUCCCGAGGUGGAACCGAUCCCGGGCUGCCCGCCUGGACUCGAGUACCUGACGUGCAUCGACCAGCUACUUGUGCACCAGCAGCUUCAGCUCUUGGAAAUCUUCGUGCCGUACGAGCAGCGGAACAGGUACAUCGUGAAGAACACCAUGUCCCAGUACAUCUUCACGGCGGUCGAGGAGUGCGACCUGGCUACUCGCUGCUGCUGCGGCAGCAAUCGUCCUUUCGAGAUGUCGCUCAACGACUUCCGCGACAUCGAAGUGAUGCGGCUAUUUCGACCGCUGCGCUGCAAUUCCUGUCUUUGCUUCUGUUGCUUACAGGAAAUGGAGGUGUGCGCUCCGCCUGGCACCGUCAUCGGUUGGCUACGGCAGGAGUGCACCGCCAUCUUUCCGCAGUUCUCGGUGCUGGACAGCGACAAGAACGUGGUGCUCCAGAUCAAGGGGCCGUUCUGCACGACGGCGGUGGUGUGCAACGACAUCGUCUUCGACGUCACCACCAAGGACGGCAAGACCAAGAUCGGCCAGUUAACGAAGAACUGGACGGGUCUUCUUCGGGAAGCCUUCACCGACAUCGACAACUUCACGCUGGCCUUCCCCAUCGACCUGGACGUCAAGAUGAAGGCUGUGCUGCUCGGUGCUGUCUUCUUGAUUGACUUCAUUUUCUUCGAGAACGGCGCGGCCGGUCCAAUCGGCGGCUUCGACGCUCCCGGCAACGUCUUGAAUUAGUUGUCCCACCA